UCCAGAGCCAGAGGCGGACGAACGGCGAGCAGAGGGCAAGGCACACCGAGAGGACGAAUGGCAGCGAGAUGGUGCAGACCCGUGGGCCAGGGACGGAGCCGCAUCCGGCUCAGCGUCCAGCAGGGCCCCCGAGCGAGCUGACCACGACCGCUGGUGGCAGGGCCGCUGGAGUUGGAGCGAAGCCCAGAACGGCGGCAAUUGGAAGUGGGACGACUCCGAGGACGGCGGCUGGAACUGGAAAGAGAGGGGCCGCGACUUCGCGGACCCCGAGCCAUGGGCAGGAUGGCCAGAGUACAAGCUGUGGCGACGGAAGAUCAUGAGGUGGCGCCAGAGCACGGACGUCGGAGAGACCAAGCACGCCGAUCGUAUCCUGAAGGCGCUGCCCAUGGACCUCCAGAGGAAGCUGGGGGACAUCCCAGACGACGUCCUCAUGUCGUGGGAGGGCGCGCAGACGGUGAUCGACCGUCUGGACCUCCUGAGCGGCGAGCGCGUUGGAGACGAGAAGCGCAAAGCCGCGAGGGAGUGUCUCUUCUCCUUCGAGAGGCGCCAGGGCGAGGGUCUGACGGAGUACGCCGCGAGGAUAGACUUAGCCUUCGACAAAGUCGGUACAUUGGGCCUGCCCGUGCCCGAAGACUGGAAGUUUAUGUUCUUGGAAGAGGGCGUGGGACCCGACGAACGUGGCCAGCAGCUGAUGAAGGUUCUCAUGGCCACGAAGGGUUCGUAUCCGGACGCUCUCAAAGCCAUCCGAGAGAUGGACGUGACGAGGAAAGCUGAGAUCUACUUGGCCAUCGAGAACCUGAACCUAUACGAUGACGAGCUCCCAUCAGUGUUCGCUAGCACGCAGGGGGACAGACGGAAAACGUGGAAGCAGAACCGGGAGCUCGAACGAAGGAUGAAGGUCGACCGCAAGUUCUUCGACAGAACGAAAGAGACGGUCAAGGUGUCGACUUCGCGGGAGAAUAGAGGUCAUAGGGGAGCGGACGGCACCUUCCGUCAGGGGAAGACCAGGCUUCCGCUCUCGGAGCUCAUCAAGAAGACCAGGUGCAGGAAGCGCAACGAGAAGGGCCACUGGGCGCGCGAGUGUCCCAAGCGGAAUGGCCAGAGUCUCAGCGCCAGUGCAGCCGCAGGAGGGAUCACGAACGUCACAGGCUUAGUCUUCGCGAACGCACUGGAUCUUGUCGUGUCGGAGACGGAUCAGAUCGAGAGGGGCCGGGCCGCGCAGGCGAUGGUGCUGCUCACGGCUGAGGCCGGAGAGGCAGUAGUGGGCACCGCCGCCGGCCAGGGCCUGAUUGGG